AGCGCGGAGGCGCGCACGCGGGGACCCGGUCGCGCGCAGCCGCGGUCUCCGUAAGUUGUCUCCUUCAGCCGCCGUCGCCGUCGCCCUCGACGCGGUCGUCCCCGCCGAGCCGUGGGCGCCCCGUCUUCCGGGGCCCUGCCCGGCCCGCCGAGCGCAGCCUGCUGGGGAGGAAGGCGGCGGCUCGCGUCCUGCGGGCCGCCGGAGCCGGGAGGAGACCAUGUCCGGGAAGUACCGUCAGAUCUCCACGACCGAGCGCGUCAUCAAAGCUGUCCCUUUUCCUCCAACGCAGCGGCUAACUUUGAAGGAACUAUUUGAGAAUGGGAAACCUAAAAUGGAAGUUUUGAAAAACCAUUUGUUAAAAGAAGGCCGAGUGGAAGAAGAGGCAGCCUUAAAGAUAAUCAGUGAUGGGGCUGCCAUCCUGAAGCAAGAGAAGACUGUGAUAGACGUGGAAGCUCCAAUCACAGUGUGUGGUGAUGUUCAUGGACAAUUCUUUGACCUGAUGAAGUUGUUUGAAGUUGGGGGAUCACCUAGUAACACUCGCUACCUCUUUCUGGGUGACUAUGUGGACAGAGGCUAUUUCAGUAUAGAGUGUGUGCUGUAUCUAUGGAGUUUAAAGAUUAACCAUCCUAAAACAUUUUUUCUGCUUCGAGGAAAUCAUGAAUGCAGGCAUCUUACAGAGUACUUCACCUUUAAACAGGAAUGUCGGAUCAAGUAUUCAGAACUGGUGUACGAAGCGUGUAUGUACACUUUUGACUGUCUUCCUCUUGCUGCUCUCUUGAACCAGCAGUUUCUCUGUGUACAUGGAGGAAUGUCACCUGAAAUUAAUAGUAUAGAUGAUAUUAGGAAAUUAGACAGGUUUACGGAGCCCCCUCCUUUUGGGCCGCUGUGUGACCUGCUCUGGUCUGACCCCGCAGAGGAUUACGGCAGUGAGAAGACUGUGGAUCACUACACCCACAACUCUGUCCGUGGCUGCUCCUACUUCUUCAGUUACCCUGCAGUUUGUGAAUUUUUACAGCACAACAGUUUAUUGUCAAUAAUCAGAGCCCAUGAAGCCCAGGAUGCUGGGUACCGAAUGUACAGGAAGAGCCAGACCACUGGCUUUCCAUCACUCAUUACGAUUUUCUCUGCCCCCAAUUACCUAGAUGUCUAUAACAAUAAAGCUGCAGUGUUGAAAUACGAAAACAAUGUCAUGAACAUCAGGCAGUUUAACUGUUCUCCACACCCCUACUGGCUCCCAAACUUCAUGGAUGUUUUCACGUGGUCUUUGCCUUUUGUUGGAGAAAAAGUCACUGAGAUGCUGGUCAAUAUUCUCAACAUAUGCUCUGAGGACGAACUCUUCUCUGAUGAGGAAGAAGAUCAUGACAUUUCAAGCGUUCCGAAAGGCGCUCCAUAUCGAAAAGAAAUCAUCAAGAAUAAAGUCAGAGCCAUUGGGAAAAUGUCACGGGUCUAUUCAGUUCUUCGGGAAGAGAGUGAGAAAGUGCUGACCCUCAAGGGUCUUACUCCUACAGGCACACUCCCAUUGGGGGUUCUCUCUGGAGGAAAGCAGACCAUUGAGAAUGCCACACUACAAGCAGCAACAGCACAGGAAGCCAUGAAAGGGCUUAAGGUCCAAACUUUUGAAGAAGCCCGAGGUCUAGACCGAAUUAAUGAGAGAAUGCCACCCCGAAAAGAGGGUGUGCUUCCUGAUGGACCAGUGAAGACGGUACAUUCACAAGCAGUGCGAAGGAGCGACCAAAGAAAGAAAGCCCUGUAAUGACUCAGAGCUCUGUGCAGCACUAUGGGCCCCAACCCUGCAAACAAAUCAUAUUUAUUCUUGGAAACGAAACAGAAACAACGCGAACAACUUAAACUUGGAAGUGCAUUUGUAAUUCAGUCGCAUUUAUUCUGUAAGAAAGACGACAAUUUUAUAAAUUCUUCUAAUUUAUGUUCACUAUAUAUAAAAAGUACUUCUGUUUUGUUCCCUGCCCCCUUGUCCUAAUUUUAGAAAUGGAUCUGAUUGUUGUCUGUGUGUGUGUGUGUGUGUGUUUAAGUGUGUAAGUCCCGUGCUAUAAAGGGGACCUUCCCCUAAUAACCUUAGGUUUCUGACUCAGACCCCUAGUUACCCCUUCUCUUAUUUUAGGAGGUGAUUUCUUUCAUUUAAGACUUGUAAUUUUGCUAACUCAAA